GGGCGGGGUCUGCGCACCUUCUCCCCCAGGGUGCACAGCGCCUGCUGGGCGGGCGUGAGGGCGAUGCGUAGACCUCACUGCAGCUGGAGAGGCUGGGUGUCGAAGGCUUGCACGGUGUCAUGCAGCCAAGGCUGGCUGCAAGGGGCUGCUAGCAGGUCAGCGGACUUCUGGACAUGUUGGAUCCCACGGUGCUGGGAGCGGUGGAGCUAUGUCAGACCACUACUAGCCAGGGCAUCUUUCCAGACAGCUUUCCUAGCCUUGCCUCUGGGGAUUGCUUCCUGUGCUCUAUGGAGACCCACGCUGCUGCAAGCGAAGAUGGCGGGUGCCCCCUGUGCCACCCUCUUGACGUGCAAGGUGACUGUGUUGGUGAUUGUGUUGGCACAGAAUGUCCAGUGUGUCACAUGCCAGCAUGGGUACAAGAUGUACAAAUAAACAGGCAGUUAAACAACAUGAUCCAGUUGUGCAGCAAACUACGGCAGCUACUGGGCACAGAUCCAGCUCUCCCACCAGAUUCUGCAGAAGACUUGUCCACAUCAAUAAGAUAUAAUCAAGAUAUGGGAAAUAAGAAGCAGAUAAAAAUGUGGUUCAGUCCACGCAGUAGAAAGAUUAGAUGCAUCUUGAAUAAGAAUCAGGAGGUGACCAAUGCUGAUAAGAUUUCCCAGGAUGCACCUUCUGUUUAUGAUUUCUCUCCUUCCCCUUCUCAUGAAAAGACUUCUGAGCAAAGCAAAAAACCAGCACGGGGAUUAACAAAAAAGCUGAAGAAGAAACGCCUAGCAGACUUCAACAAAGUAUGGGGUAUAGAGAAGGAAAAGCAGAAAGAUGGCAGUAGACCUGAAGAGAAAGAAGCCUCAGAUGAAUUCAGUGGAAAAAAGGUGUCCUUUUGCAGUCAGCCAUUAGUUGCCAGCACCCCAGAACCAAGGAGUACUGAAAAGACAUUAGGACAAGAAUCAGUAAAGGAAACUAACUUGGAUAAAAAUGGAAGCAAAUCAUACUUGGAAAUGUCCACACAAGUAAAACCUAUGGAAGAUAACGACAGAAAUAAAGUUGCAUGUCCUGCAGAAGAUAUCAUUGAGAGUGGUGUUACUACAGGUAAACCUCUACCAGGACGAAAUAAAGAGACUCUCUUAAAAUGUGGAAGGCAGCAAUCAAGAUCACCUGCUUUGUCUCAUUCUAAAAAACCUAGAACAAGUGAGAAGAGCACCAGUAGGCAGUCGGUCACCCAGCAGUCGCCACAGAAUUGCUGUACUAAUAUGUCUCUGGCUGCUGAAGAUGACAGUCUAGUUGAUAUUUCUUCUCCUGUAUAUAAACACACAGGUGGCACCGUAUCAAAACCAAAAAACUCAUCAGCUUUUAAAGAAAUAAAUAGCCCUUUGGUAUCAAAAGCCCAGACUACUCCAUCCACUCCUAAUAACUGGAAUCAAAUGGCAGUUACGCAGAGUCCCUCUUUGUCAAAGAAGUACCCUGACCAGAGCACAACUACCAAAAGAAAUCAUAAAGGAGAGACUUUGCUCCACAUUGCUUCUAUUAAGGGUGACUUACUAGCUGUUGAACUUCUACUGAAAAAUGGGGCAGACCCUAAUGUUAAAGACCAUGCUGGAUGGACACCAUUGCAUGAGGCCUGUAAUCAUGGGCACAAGAAAGUUGUGGAACUAUUACUACAGCAUGGAGCUCUGGUGAACACUACUGGGUAUCACAAUGACUCUCCUCUUCAUGAUGCUGCCAAGAAUGGUCAUGUGAGCAUUGCUGAGCUGUUGCUCUUGCAUGGAGCCUCCCACAACGCGCUUAAUAUAUUCGGUUUGCGGCCUGUGGACUAUGCAGAAACUGAAAAAAUGAAGUCUGUGCUGAUGCUACCAGGGAAGAAUGAAUCAGCCUCAUUUAGUCAAUCUGUAGAACAAGCAAGCCCAAACCGCCCUAAAGAUGGACCUGUUAUUCUAUUGGGGAGCAGCCUUAGUUCAGAUAAACAGAAAUUACUGAGCAAACUGUCAGCAGUUCUGAAGGCUAGAAGGUGUAUGGCGUUUAACAGCACAGUGACUCACGUUAUUGUUCCUGAUGAUUCAAUCCGAAGUACUUUCAAAUAUAUGAUGGCUGUUCUGUCUGGAUGUUGGGUCUUGAAAUUUGAAUGGGUGAAAGCAUGUCUGCAAAGCAGAGUUCGAGAAGAAGAGGAGAAAUAUGAAAUUUCUGGUGGUCCACAGAAAGGCAGACUCAACAGAAUAAAACUGCUGCCUAAGUUAUUUGAUGGUUGCUACUUCUAUUUUCUGGGAACUUUCACCUGUCACCAGAAGAAUGACCUUGCAGAACUGGUUAAAGCAGGAGGUGGACAAAUCCUCAUCAGGCAGCCAAAGCCAGAUAGCGAUGUGACACAGAGCAUCAACACAGUAGCCUACCAUGCAGAACCGAGUUCUGACCAGAGCUUUUGUACUCAGUAUAUAAUCUAUGAUGUGUCUUCUAAAUAUAAACCAGAUAAAGUUCGUCAAGGAAAAGUCUGGGUGGCCCCCUCCAGCUGGCUGAUAGAUUGUGUGAUGUCAUUUCAGCUGUUGCCUGUCACAAUGUGAUUCUCUUUCUUCAGCAUUAGUGAGGCUCUAAAGGGAAUGUUGAGCCUUUUAGACACUUGGACACCACAGCUUUAAAUGCCAGAAUGCUCAGAAAUGAACACAAAAGUUUUCUACUUUAAAUGAAAGACUUAAGAGAUCAUGGUGAAUUGCUGAAUUUUUUAACAAAUUAACUAAGAACGAACACAGAAAGGAUAGUGGGAGAAGAUGUACUGUUUUCACUUGACAGAGCUGCUUUUUAAAAUUAUUUAUAGUUCAGCAUACUAGCGACUGCUGUAUUUUUCAGUUAAGCAUAUUUUGUAAUAUGAGAACUUAGACUACACUUACUCAUUUAUGUAAAAACUUCAAAGGGGGUAAAAAAGUUACCACUUGUGUGCAAGCUGUAAAUUAGUAAGAUUUUGAAAAACAAGAUCUAAUGUUAGCCUCCUAAAUCUGUAUUACUGCCUCUCCCUGAUUUUCCUGAGACCAGCGACAUCUGGUAGUGUGCCUCAGCCCUUUUGACUAUUGGGUAUCUGAAUACAGCUGAGGAUUCUAAUUUUAAACUCCUUGCUAGGUUUUUCAGAAAGUUAUAUUAUUUAGGACUGGUCUCAUUGAAAGCCCAGGAUUUGUGGCCCUAAGUCAAUUAGGAGUGUGAGUGGUCCUAAAAUACUUUUUCAUAACAAAAUACAAGUCAGCAUCCAAAUUAAUUCUACUCCUAUACCUGUGAGCGUGUAAUUAAUGAUUCCUAAUAAAAUAGCAUCCAAUUUAAGGCACUUUUUCUUAAUUUUAAAAAGAUUAAUUCUGUUUGUUGCUACUUCUGCAUGCGUACAAAUGACAACUAAUCUUGCCAUUGUGCUUCUAAUAGCAAAACUAGUGACUUUACAUGCAAAUCAUGCCUUUUAGGAAGUAAAGUUGUUUAAAAUGUCUGUUGGCUACAUCUCUAUGAACUACAUAUUUGUAUAUCUGUUGUAAUCACUGUUUGCUUUCUUACUAAAUCUUUUUUUUUCCUUUCAUAUUUGGCUUGUAUUUAAAUGUCUGUGAUAUUUUUUUCCAGUGUUCUUUAAUGUCUCCUAAAGUUUUUCACCUUGUAUGCUAUCGGAUAUAAAAUGACUUUAAGCCAUGUGAUUGUAAUGAUUGCUAUGCAGUGGGAGUGUGGGUUGUGAUGUGAAGUUCUUGUGUUCAUAUUUUGGGUUGCUUGUAAUAAAACUUAGUGCUAAUCCUUUUUACAUAAUAUAUUUAUAUAAGUUUAGCUGCAGAAUAAAAUGUAUAACUCCCAUAUAUAUUUGAACAACUAAAUGGAAAUGAAUUAUUUGCAUGCAUUUUUGACAGAGCAGUUAAGAACCACAGCAAUCCUGCCUGUGGGACCUGGCCUGGGCUGGCAGGGAAGAGAAAAGACAAUGGAUUCCUUUUGUGUAACCAAUAUUACUGGUAAUUCUAGGACGAUUUCUGCAUCCUGCAUAGAACUCUUCUGGGAAUGUUUCUUUUUUUUAACAUGUAAAAUGGGUAAAAUUUUGAAAAGCAUGGCCUUAGAUAGGAGUUGAGGUAUCUUAAUCUAUCAUUUAUUAUGGAUAAAGCAAACGCUGCUUACUAAAAUCAGUUCUUAUGCAGUUUGCUUUGUGCAUAAGCAAGUGUGAAUACAGACUUCACUAAUGAACUAUUGUGAGCUACUGUUUUUUGUAACUAAACUGCAACAGUAAACACAAGGCAGUAUGCAUUAACUUGUUUAUUUACAUUGACAUUGGUAGUUUCAGUUUGAUUUGACAUUUCAUAGCUUGUUAGUGUAUGUACUACAAUGUGCUUUGGAAAAAUUAUGAAGGCAUUCAGCCAGAUUCACUUCUACUGUGAUGUGAAUGUUACUUUACAUAAAAAAAUAUGUUUCUUCAGUAAA